AUGGGCUGCGGAUCUAGUAAACAGGCCGAUGGCCAGACGUCCGCCAAGAAGACGCGCAGCCAGAAACGGAAGACGUAUAACGGCGGCGUUUCGAUACACGACAACAAGAUCGCUGGGAUCGGUGGGGGCCCUGGCGGGCCCACGGCUGGGGGUGGUGGCGGUGUUCUGGGGGAGGACUUUGGUGGCGGUGGAGAUGAGAGGUUUGGUGUCAGAUCAUCGGGCGGUCGGUGA